AGGGAGGGAGAGAGUGGGAGAGAGCCGGAGGAUGGGCUCCUGUUGCCAAGGACAACAGUAUCAACACAUCACCGACUGGCCACGCAUGCACACAGUAAACACACCCACCCGCCCUGUUCCAGAGAAGGCAGACAACCACUGAGCUCCCAGCGUCUUUCUGAAACCAGCUUCGUCCCUCGACUUGGGCCCAGCCAGACCGGCGUGAGUCCCCAGGGCGGGUGUGAGUUUCUCUGGGCCUUGACGCUUUGCAGACUCCACACCUCCCACCCACCCCCCUCCCCUGCUCCCAGUAGGGAGUUCCAGCAGCAGCGAGGCAGGAUUGCAGAACGCAGGAGGGACACGGCUGAGUGGAUUACAGGCUACAGUCCUCUCCACAGGCUCACCCUGCUACGCCACGAGGAGAGACGAGCCCUGCCGCUGCUCUUUUAGCGCAUUUCUUGCCUUCCUCUUUGCCUUUUUCCAGACCUCCCCUCAAGUUGUCUCUCUGCCACCCGAAGAGCUGUUGCCCUGGACUUUAAAAACGUGUUUUUAUUUCAUUGUGUUUCCUUCUUUCUUUUUAAAUGGGAGUGAAGGCGGCUACCCCGGGAGUUUAUUGAGGCGCGCGGAGAUCAGCUUAAAGACAUAUGCUUGAGCAAUGGGGAAGUCCAACAGCAAACUCAAGCCUGAGGUGGUAGAGGAGCUAACUAGGAAAACCUACUUCACGGAAAAAGAGGUACAGCAAUGGUAUAAGGGCUUUAUUAAGGACUGUCCUAGUGGUCAGCUGGAUUCAGCAGGCUUCCAGAAGAUCUACAAGCAAUUCUUUCCCUGCGGCGACCCCACCAAGUUCGCCAGCUUCGUCUUCAACGUGUUUGACGAGAACAAGGAUGGACGCAUUGAGUUUGCAGAGUUUAUUCAGGCCCUGUCGGUCACCUCCAGGGGGACUCUGGACGAAAAGCUCAGAUGGGCCUUCAAGCUUUACGACCUGGAUAACGACGGCUACAUAACUCGGGAUGAGAUGCUGAAUAUUGUGGAUGCCAUUUACCAGAUGGUGGGGAACACGGGGAACACAGUGGAGUUGCCAGAGGAGGAGAAUACACCGGAGAAAAGAGUGGAUCGAAUCUUUGCCAUGAUGGACAAGAAUGCAGACGGCCUGCUGACACUACAGGAGUUCCAAGAGGGUUCCAAAGCAGACCCUUCCAUAGUCCAGGCUCUGUCCCUGUACGAUGGCCUGGUGUAGCAAGUCUCCUACACUAAGCACAAGUUGUCCACAGUGGCGUUUCAGUGUUGUGUCACCCUGCCAAUUGAAGCACGGAGUCUAUUGUCUGUCAUCCUCUGACUCCUCCUCAGUCUGUCAGGGAAGAGGGCAGGGAAUCAUGGAAGCUGACAAGAGUGGGCUGUCAAUCACUCAUCACCAUGGUUUCCAGGAUUAAUGAGUAACAAAUGUAACCACUUCCACCAAGUUGUUUGCCUUUGCAGAUGAUAGUACCGUCAAUGUGCUUACAAGACAUUUCUCUGAAAGUCCAAAGGAUGUGAGAUACUUUAGUGUAGGAGGAUGAAGGACCAGGGUUCAUUGGGCACCAGAUGGGUAAAAAAAAGCCUGGAACAAGGUGGU